GCAGAGCAUCGUUUGUUUGAUCCGGACUCCCCUCAGUCUCCGAUCGCGUUUCCAGGGAAGCAUCGGGAUGUGACGGUAUUUUAUCAGCAGCUUCAUUCCAGCAGAGGAGGGAUUGGCUCUUCUUCUUCUUCUUCACCUUUAAGGAAAGAGAAGCGCGGGGCUUCCACGUUCAAGUGCGCAAAAAAGCCGCAGCUGCAACCAUUACGCACGGCUUUUUCUCCUCAUCCCGUCCCCUGUUUCGGUCAGAUCCGGGCUCUGUCGGGACUUUCGCGGUGAGGAGUCCCGGUUUUGCAAACCGGACCCACAGAGAGGAAGGAAACAGACGCUGGCGUUGUGGAAUAUUAACGAUUUCACCUUAGAUAAAAAAUCGAGGAUGUUGGUGCAGAGUUUGAGACUCUAAGGAGCGUCCCAACUUUUUAUCUUUUAUUUUUCAUCUCUGUUUUUGAAUCUGUCCUCGUGUUCGGCUGUGGGACUUCUACUGUCGUGACUGAUUUGCAGAAUUUCGCUCCGUGGAAUGGACCGCUCCGCGUCUUUGGAUAUAGAGGCGCUCAAGAUGACCCAGGAGCAGUACAUUCUUGCAGCUCAGCCCAAUCCACUCCACCAGCGGGGGGCGUCAGUGUGCGGUACCCAGGUUUAUCCAGCAGUGGGAAUUUAUGGCUGGAGGAAGAGGUGCCUGUACUUCUUCAUCCUGCUCCUCCUCGUCACCAUGAUCGUCAACUUGGCAUUGACCAUUUGGAUUCUGAAAGUGAUGAACUUCACUCCGGAUGGUAUGGGAAACCUUCGGGUGACAAAGGAAGGGGUCAGACUGGAAGGAGUAUCUGAAUUCCUGUUGCCAUUAUACGUCAAGGAGAUCCAGUCCCGCAGGGACAGUCCACUGAUCCUCCAGUCAGACAGAAAUGUGACUGUCAAUGCCAGGAAUGACCUUGGUCAACUUACCGGUCAGCUCACUGUGGGUUCAGAAAUGGUGGAGGCGCAGUGUCAGAGGUUUGAGGUGAGGAGUGCUGAUGGAGACAGAGUGCUUUUUUCUGCAGACGAGCAGGAGAUCAGCAUUGGCACAGAGAAACUCAGAGUCACAGGUAAUGAAGGUGUGGUGUUUAGCCAUUCUGUUGAGACAUCACAUGUGCGGGCAGAACCCUUCCAGGAUCUAAAGCUAGAAGCCCCGACCCGGACCCUGACCUUGGAGGCCCCUAGGGGGGUGGAGGUCAACGCUGGAGUUGGAGACUUCACAGCAUCCUGCAGGAAAGAUCUCCUGCUGCAGUCAUCCGAAGGAGAGAUCUUCCUUGAUGCCAACACCAUCAAGCUGGGCAACAUUCCUCUCGGCAGUGCAGUCGACCCUCUGGAGGGGGCCCCGCCAGGCACCACCUACACCAAACAGACUGUGUAUGAACUGUGUUCAUGUGCAAAUGGCAAGCUUUACCUGUCGCCAGCCGAGAAGGGCUCCACUUGCCAGACUACCAGUAACUUUUGCCUCUGGAGCUGAAAAUAGGCAGCUGACAAACCCUUUGGAUCCACGAACUGUUGGAGUUGGAAGUUAACACAAGCGUGAGAACUAAAUCAAUAUAGAUUAUGGCUUGGUGGGAAGCUAAUGCCAACACAACAACACAGCUCAGCAGGUGGUUAUGUUAUAAAUGAAAUGCUCCCAAGACCAUAUCAACAUGGGGUGUGGCAUGAUGUAAAGGCAGUGCCGAUUUAUGAACAGAAAUGAUGGGGACUACAGCUUGGUGUGGAGCUAACUGCCAUCUCACGGGUCAAAUGACUGGUUAAAAAAUAAGCGAGUUCACAUGAAGUAAAAGCAAAAACUUACCAUGAAAAUGAGAGGUAGCCAUUGGACCCCAUGGACACACAGGGGCUCCUUGUUGACUUGAUGAAGAACAAGUCUCUGAUGUCUGAGGACACAGAGGUCACUGUGGGCUGUCGGUGUGCCAUGUUUAGAUCAUUGCUGCCAUGACAUUUUCUGAAUGUUACGAGGAUUAAAUUUGGUGAUUGCCUGAGAACAGCAAAUGAAAAUGAGUUGUGUCACCAUAUGACCAAAAUGCCCCCCGAACCCAUGCUAAUGCUUUGUUUUGAUAUACACAUAAGGUGUGGGACAUCAGAAGGCAAACAUGCAUGGAGAAGGACACUCGGGUUGCCCAGAAGGUGGCCAGUGUCAUCACUGAGGACUAAGGUUUUUCCUGCAGGUGUCACGAGAAAUGAAUGAAUGUGGUUUAGUCUAGUGGGAGAAAAAGCUAACGGACCAAUCUAUAUACCAGAAAGGCCUUCCCCUUCCUCCCUUUGUAGUAUCUCACCCACAAUUUUGACCCUUGUGCAUCCUAC